CGUCCGCCGGCUUUAGACACAUCGGCGGAUCGUUCUGAUUCAUUGAGUUUUCAACUUCUUCGGAGGAAGCUGCAGCAGAGAGGAUGACAGUUUCUGACUUGAAGAACAGAGCUGUUCCAGCUGAGGCUGCCGAGCCCAUCAAGACGAAAGAGCCCAACGGCCUGGGUCUUGAUGACAUAAAGCAGGCCAAAGGUGAGAAGAAAGCUGAAGGAUGGUUUCAGUUCAAGACAGAUCUCGUCUGGUCAAAUAUCUUUGGCUUUGGCCUGUGGCACCUCAUAACGUUCUACUAUCUCUUCACAUUUCCGUACCUGCAGUACAAAGGGCUGAUGCUAUGGGCUUUCAUCAUGGCUGAGCUCAAUCUGCUGUCAAUUACCGCUGGUGUACACAGACUCUGGUGUCACAGGUCGUACAAAGCCAAAACGCCCCUUAGAAUAUUCUUGGCUAUCUUCUUCUUGGCUACAGGAGAGAAUCGCAUCUCCCACUGGGUGAGGGAACACAGGGUUCACCACAAGUACGUUGACACCGAUGCCGAUCCCCACAACAGCAAACGCGGCCUCUUCUUCUCGCACAUCGGCUGGCAGAUGAUGAAGAAGCAUCCUGAUGUCAUCAAGAAGGGACGGACCAUCAACUAUGACGACAUGCGGGCUGAUCCUGUCGUUGUCUUCUUUGACAGACACUUCGCCUUCUUCAAGACCCUCCUCUGCUUCGUCCUCCCAGUCUUCAUUCCGGUCUACUUCUUCGGGCAGGAACUGAAACCAGCCAUCAUCACCCAAUGGUUCAUACGGUAUCCGUAUGUUGUCAAUAUCAUGUUCUCGGUCAACAGCUUUGCACAUGCUGUCGGGUAUCGCAGUUACGACAGGACUAUAAGGCCGACAGAAAACGGCGUCAUCUCCAUGGUGACCACCGGCGAGGGCUGGCACAACUAUCAUCACGCUUUCCCGUGGGACUACAAAGCUGCCGAAUUGGGAAGCUUCUUCUUCAACAGGUGUACGUGGUGGAUCAACCUUUGGGCGAAGAUGGGACUUGCUUAUGACUUGAAGGAGGCCGGGGAACACUCGAUCAAGAGAAUCGUCGAGCGCAAGGGCGACGGAAGUCAUCCAAUAUGGACCAGCAGGGAAGAUGGGACACCUAUUGAGGAGCCUGAAGAACACCCCUAUUGAUGAUUAUUGUCGAGUGUUGCCUUUAGUUUUGUUAUCAUAAUGUAUCAGUAUCAUUAAAAAUGUAAAAAUUGUGAUUAAUAAUAUAUGAGAGGGAAUGGAGGGGAAAAGAUAUUGAAAUUUCUUGAU